CUAUCCUCUCACUCUCUCCCUCUCUCGCUCGCUCGCUCGCUACCAUGUCGAAAGGAACAGACCGUCUGGUGAAGAGCUUGAAGAAGUUCGCGGAUGUUCAGUACAAGUUGCUGAAAGCUCGCCAUGGUCAGCAGCUGACUGACAUUUUGGAGUUCCCCAUAAAGCUCGUGCUGUCUCCCUUCACUCUCGCUUUUGACAUUGCCGGCUCUGCUCCUCGUGGCUUCGGCGUCCCCGAGCUCAUCUCCAAGCUCUCAUACCUUUCUAUCUUCGCUGUUGCUACUCUAGGGACUUAUGACAUCGCAUUGGAGCUGGGAAAGAAAGUGAUAUGUCAGAGAAACUGUCGAACCUGCAAUGGGUGGCAGGCAUUGCGGUGUACUAUGUGCAGAGGAUCAGGGAGGGUGCACUACCAAGUGAAAAAUUACACCUUGAAAAGUGGAGAGAAGGCAACAGCUGAAUGUGUUGCAGAUGCCAUUGCAGACAAUAGGGCUGAGUUGGUGCACCUUCCAUCUACCAUGGAUCUUCAUGUGCCUUUGCCAUCUAAAGAGUGCCAAAUUUGCGAUGGGACGGGUGUAAUGGGCUGUCCUGAAUGCAAACACAAAUUACAAGUCAGAAUCUCUGCAGAUGAUAUCAUGGAGCCACCAUGGAAGGCCUAUAAUGUCUUGAAAAAGAUGGACUAUCCUUAUGAGCAUAUAGUUCACAGCAUGAAAGAUCCCAGCAUUGCUGCAUUUUGGUUGAUUACCUUGCCUCAGAUUGUGGGUGGCUUCAACUAUGAUGAUGAUGUCAAGCAGAAAAUUUGGUGGCAAUACAAGGAAUCCAUGCAGUAUGAUCAGCUUCGAGAUGUGGUAGCAAAGCGAAGUCCAGGCUGGGAGCACUUGCAGGAAGCCUUAAUCUCUAUAGAUCCUGUUCGUGCUAGGGAUGAUCCUGUUAUAGUGAAAAACAUUCCCUACUACAAGGCCAAGAAAGCUUUGGAGGCAGAAGUCACGAGGCUUGAUCCUCCACCACGUCCUCCAAAUUGGGGUGAGCUGGAUCUUCCGCUGAAUGCAUCUUCUUGGAGUAAGGAAGAUCUCAAAAAUCCAGAGAAAUUAUAUGAGAUGACUGUUCUUCUUAAUGCACAAAGAGAAAUUGCUGAUAAAAUGUUGGAUGUGCAGUGGGAAGCUAAAUGGCGUCAGGAAAAGUUAAAUGAGAUGUUGGAGGAGAAGGUGCGACCAUAUAUUCAGAAUGUUGAAAAUGAAGUCCUCUCUAAACCUAUUGUCUUACGAUCACAGAAUCAGGACCAGAAGAGGACCCGGCACCGGAGAUGGUGGUUCUUUUGAUGAAUUUAAAACCAUUUUUGUAUCUGUGUGGCCAUGGAAAUGCCUUGAUUUCUUUUUGGGGUGAUAUAUUUUUUGGGUUCCUCAUGGUAAAUUGUUAUUCCCCCCUUAUUAUUACUCACAAGUUCAUCUCUACCCUUUUGAGGCCGCUGGAAAUACUGUUUUAUGUAAUGAGUCUGUCUCUGUCUCUCUCUCCCCCUCUCCCCCCCUUAUAUACAGGUAAAUUUUGACCCUAUAGCGGCAUGUAUGAACGAUCGAUAUUCUAACUUCUUCUUCUUCUCUCUCCCCA